AUGGCGUUGAAUGGGCUGCCAAUCGGGUUACUACCCGAAGGUGUGACCGACUUUGAAUACGAUGAAUCGGGCUGGUUCGAGGUGCAUUUAGAUCAAGCUUGUAAUGCUAAGUUUGAAGAUGAGUUGCAUUAUGAUCAGAAUGUGUCUGGGAAUAUGAGUUAUGGGCAGAUCGGUGGGUUAUCGGGUAUUUCGGCUCAGGAUUUGUUUUUGUGGUUUCCGGUUAAGGAGAUUCGGGUUGAUGUACCGAGUUCUGGGUUGAUUUACUUUGAUGUUGUGUUGUUUCAAAGCAGUUUUCGUUCUCAAGUUUUGAAAUACCCAUGGAGUGUUUGGCGUCUGAGGAUCAGUUUGUUGUUGAGAAUGACUGUUCAUUUGGAACAAAACUGCCGGUCAACAGCCAGUCAACAAAAGUCAACGGUCAAACUGCCGGUUUAUUGA